AUGAUUGUCAAUGGUGCAGCUGGUGGAACCAUAGGGAAGAAGACAACAGUUCAAACCUUGGAACUGAUCGACAACAUGGCAAGGAAUGAGAACGCAUCAACGACAGUUCAACCAGUUCAACCAAGACAGGGAAUUCUGCAAUUGGGAAACAAUGAUGCAUCGCUAGAUGAACAAAAGAUCUUAUCUCAACAGAUAGCCAGUUUGAAUGCUAAGUUGGACAAGAUGCAACUUUCUUCAGCUCAAGUUAAUUCAGUUAAUUGUGAGUAUUGCAAAAGAGUGUACGACACCAACGAAUGCCCAACACUUGUAGGAGCUGAUUCCUUCCAAGUUAAUGGAGUCUGUGACACUGUGAUUAAUCCAAGAGAGCAUUGUAAUCCCAUCACUACUAAAAGCGAGGAUCUAGAAAAAGAUGGAGUUGAAGCUUCUACAGGCAAGAAUGAGCAAAGUCAAGAAGAAGCUCUGAAGAAAAAGCCUUCGUAUGCUAAGUUCUUGAAGGAGACAAUAUCAAAGAAUCGGAAGCUCACAGAGGAUGAACAUGUUACACUAACAGAGGAGUGCAGUGCAAUCAUACAGAAAAACUUCCCUCCAAAGUUGAAGGAUCCAGGGAGCUUCAGUAUUCCAUGCACCAUUGGCAAGACGACUAUAGAGCAAGUCUUAUGUGAUCUUGGUGCCAGCAUAAAUGUGAUGCCCCUCACCCUGAUGAAGAAGCUGGGAAUUGAUGAAGUCAAGCCAAUAAGGAUGAAUGUUCAACUCGCUGACCGCUCAACAAAGCAAGCACAUGAUGCCAGUGUGCCUAUCAUCUUUGGAAGGCCAUUCCUAGCAACCUCAAGAGCGCUAAUCGAUGUACCUAAGGGUUAA